UGUUUUUUUUUUUAAUAGAACAAUUCCUACGAUUUAGCGCAGCCAGCGGAAUCGCCAAUCGGCGAAAUUCGUCUUGCCGCUUUUCUGUUGACCGUAACCUACGCGUGAGAGAGGAAAUUUUGUAUUUUGUGGUCUCAUCGCUGAUCACACCUCCUGUCUGUCCGUCGAGUAUCGCUUCGCGUGCCAAGUUUUAUGUUUUAGGACUUGGUCUCUCCUCUUCGAAGAUGUUUAGAAACCAGUAUGACAGUGAUGUUACUGUUUGGAGCCCUCAGGGGCGACUUCACCAGGUUGAGUAUGCAAUGGAGGCAGUUAAACAAGGUGCGGCGACUGUUGCUGUUAAAAAUAAAUCACACGCCAUUCUUGUCGCCUUGAAAAGAGCAACUUCUGAACUCUCAGCUCACCAGAAGAAAAUAAUACCUCUGGAUGUCCAUAUAGGCAUGAGUAUCUCUGGGCUUACUGCUGAUGCAAGAAUAUUAGGGAGACACAUGAGGACAGAAUGUAUGAGUUAUACAUAUUCCAAUGGAACACAGAUCCCCGUCAUUCGCCUUAUGAAUAAAGUUACGAACAUGAUGCAGCUGUGCACCCAGCGUUACGAUAGGAGGCCUUUUGGGGUCGGCCUUCUUGUCGCCGGAUAUGAUCACGACGGCCCUCACAUAUUUCAGAUAUGUCCUUCAGCCAUUAUGUAUGAAUGCAGGGCGAUGGCGAUUGGUUCAAGAUCUCAGAGUGCAAGAACGUACUUAGAAAAACAUUUAAAUGAAAUCAGUACUUGCCCGAAUGAAACUGAACUCAUCAAACACGGCCUUCGAGCAUUGAGGGACUCGAGCCCCAACGAUGUAGACUUAAAUAACAAGAAUGUAGCAAUUGCUAUCGUUGGGAAAGAUAAACCAUUGCAAGAGUUCACAGAAGAGGAGACGCAGGUUUAUCUAGAUAUGAUAUUGAGUGAGGAGAGACGAGGAGGAGGCCCUGCUGUGGGUACCGCUGCCCCACCAGGUGACGCUUCAGGACCAGCCUCCAGCAUAGGCGUAGAUCAGCAGCCUCCAACAGGCUCUGGGGGAGAAGAUGCUUCUCAGAUGGACACCCAAUAAUAACUAUUACGUUUGGCUCACAAGCUUUAUAAUAUUUUCUACAAGUUGUCCUAUUUUUAAUAAAUGUUGUGAGAUAGUGUGGACUUCAUUUUUCUUUGCUGUUUAUUUUUUUCCGGUUAAAACAAUAAGGUAUUUUCAAGGUAAUUAAUAUUAAAUUACAUUUUUAA